AUGAGGUCUUCUAGGAUGCUUCGCCGUGCACCCCUGCGUAGGGUCAUUCCUCGAGCCAGCGGCAUCUCUCCAGCGACAGCUGCGGCUCCCUUCGCAGCAACGACGGUCCCGAGCCGAGCAGCGAGCAAUCUGUCCCAGCGACCCAAUGCGAAUCAUGUCUCCUUCCCUGGCGCUGUGAAGAGCGCCUUCACGAGCACGCUCAAGUUCGAGACCCCUGGGGAUUACCCCGCCGUUCCGACCUACCGAGUCGUCGACCAGAACGGCGCCAUUGUAGACGAGUCCUUCACGCCCGAUCUCAGCGAAGAGGAGGUCGUGAAGCUGUACAAGGAUAUGAUCUUCAUCUCCGUCAUGGACCUUAUCAUGUUUGAUGCGCAGCGCCAGGGUCGGCUGAGCUUCUACAUGGUCUCUGCCGGCGAGGAGGCUCUGAGCGUAGGAUCCGCUAGCGUACUCUCGCCCGAGGACGUUGUCUUCUGCCAGUACCGUGAGCAGGGCGUGUUCAAGCAACGAGGGUUUACGACAGCGGACUUCAUGAACCAGCUGUUUGCUAACUCCAAGGAUCCUGGAAGAGGCAGGAAUAUGCCGGUGCACUACGGUAGUAAAGAGCUGAACAUCCAUACCAUUUCGUCACCGCUGGCCACGCAACUGCCGCAGGCUUCUGGAGCAGCGUAUGCUUUGAAAAUGCAGAGGAUGCAGGACCAAUCAAUACCACCGAGAGUUGUUGCGGCUUACUUCGGUGAGGGUGCCGCAAGUGAGGGUGAUUUCCAUGCCGCUCUGAAUAUUGCAGCUACGAGAUCAUGCCCCGUCAUCUUCAUCUGCCGGAAUAACGGUUACGCUAUUUCUACGCCGACUUUGGAGCAGUACAGAGGAGAUGGUAUCGCCAGCCGUGGUCUCGGAUACGGAAUUGACACUAUCCGAGUAGACGGCAACGAUAUCUGGGCCGUCCGAGAGGCUACGAAGAGGGCCCGAGAGAUGGCGCUUGAGAACGGGGGAAGACCCGUCCUGAUCGAGGCUAUGACCUACCGAGUGAGCCAUCACAGCACAUCGGAUGAUUCCUUUGCCUAUCGUGCCAGAGUUGAAGUGGAAGACUGGAAGCGCAGAGAUAACCCCAUCACGCGACUGCGCAAGUGGAUGGAGGCCAAGGGAAUGUGGGAUGAGAGCAAAGAGAAGGAAUGCCGAGACUCGACAAGACGGGAGGUUUUGAAGGCAUUCAAGGAGGCCGAAAUGGAAAAGAAGCCGCCCAUCCGGACCAUGUUCGAAGACGUCUACGAGGAACUGACGCCGGAUUUAAAGCAGCAAAUGGCGCAACUGCGGGAACACCUCGACAAAUACCCCAAUGAGUACGAUUUUAAUGAAUUUGAGGGAGGCAAGGACAGCCUAAAAGCUUAG